CAACUUGUUCUCUUAGUUAUCCUUGAUAACCGCGGGCUGCCAUAUUUUAAUCGUUGAAAACCCUGGAAUUUGCCUUCUAGUCUCAAAAUGCAUAUAAUCCACAUUUCCAAGUUCAUGGCGCUACUCGCCAUCAGCACCAUCGCCAUUCCUACCCGAGGUCGCUCCGAGGUCGACAGCCGUGAUGUGAACCAAGCCCAGACAGUCACCUCGGGAAGUUCCAUUGCCCCCAGCGGUAGCGAAAAAAGGCCUGCUUGGAAAGCGGAAUUUGCAGAGCAAAUCGCCGAGGCGCAGCGCGACAAGAAGCCUUUCCAGUGUCCUCACUGCAAGGAUGGUAUCUCGAACCGGGUAGCACUGUAUACGCAUGUCAAAGCAUUCCACGGAGACAAGCCUGUUUACUCGCUCAAAAACUACCACGAUGAACGUAGAUUCGAUAGCUGAACGGGCAAAUGGCGCUCGGAAGCCAGAUCAACCGAAGAGAACAAGAAGGAUAGGCUGCAAGACAAUUCUUGAGCAGGGUUUCAAU